UUUUUUUCCCUUCCCCCUCUCUGUGAGGAAUAGAAGAUCAAAGGGGCUUUGAAAAAUCCUUGCAAAUGGGAGCAGGGAAUGAUGUUUACGGAGAUGUAGGAGAUUUCACGGCGAGUUUUAAACAGAGCGAAGCUUUUUAAAACUCAUCCAGCUUGUCCACCCCUAAUCCCUGCUCCAUGGAGAGUGCUGUCUCCCGCAGGCAACUGCCACACAACUGCCCAGGGACAUCUCUCAGCAGGGACCAAAAAUCACUUCCCAGCACUAAAGCCCCCAAUGAGGCUUUUUUCCCACACUGUGAUAUCAGGGAACGGGAAGCAGGCCCUGUGCUACUGGAGAUCCCUGCAGGCUUUGGCAUGUGAUGGUACAAAGGUCAGCCCAAUCUGCUCUUACGUGCUCAGGUGCACCUGACCUGGGAAUUCCUUUUUCCCCAGAGUCCAGGGUCCCCUGGACCUGCCCUUGCUGUUGGAAAACAAAUUGAAGUCACAGCCUCAGUGCUCCUGACUGGCUCUCUUCUGGGCCACCAGAGUCCAUGGGCAACAAAAUAUCUCCCAGCUGGCCAGUGGUUGUCAAAAAUCCUUAUUUCAAGCCAGAACUUGGAUUUCCCAUCUCUCCAGAGACACUGCACUGGCAGGAGGACAUGGACCUGGCUGCCCCUGAGAGCCCAGGGCUGUAAUCUCCUUGAGCAGCGGGACCUGGAUCCACCCAGGGCCGGGAGGAACGCCCGGGCCACCACGGGGCGGGCAAAGUGCGAGGUGGGUGUGGCAGCCGCGGACAGGUAGAUCCCUGCCAGCCCCGGUGGGCACAGGAACAGGGUGUGGGCCAGCACCAGCCACACGUCUCUGCCAUCUCUCUCUUCUCCACCUGAGGGCCAUGGGGCUCUGCAGUGUGACCAUCCUGCUGGGCACUGCCCUCCUCCUGCUGGCACCCGGCAGCACCCAGGCUCUGAGCAGCUCCCGGUGGAAGAACCGGGCCCCGGAGCAGGAUUUGGCUGAGGAAAUAAUCCUGGGUGUAGGAGCCAUCGAGCCAUCAGAGGAUGCUGAACCAGGUAUAAAGGUCUUCUCCAGCAGUGCCUGGGCUCAGAGGGGCCCACCCCAAGUCCAGGCAAGACCAGAAGAGGAGCGUGACCACCUCUACCACCCCCAAGAUGAUGCCAGGAAGGCUGAUGCCCGUGUGCCGUUCUGGAUGCUGCCCCUGGAGGUGCAGAAUGGCCCGGAGGAGGAUCGUGACCACCUCUACCACCCCCCCCAGGAUGAUGCCAGGGAGGCUGACACCUACAGGCCACUCCGGAUGCUGCCCCUGGAGGUGCAGAAUGGCCCGGAGGAGGAUCGUGACCACAUCUACCACAGCUGAGUGGAGAUAUGCCCGGGCUGUGAAAUGAGGGGUGAGAGCCUCCCCUGGGGUUUCUCAGGGAAAUCUGCCCCUUCCUACCCAGCCUUGAGCCUCACCAAUAAACCCACUACUCUUCUCUCCAUGUCCUGGUGGGCUCCUCAUUACUGCCAGAAACCCACUGCUAAUUGCAGGGCCUCCAAACCUGCAGGAACUCCCUCAGGAUUACCCCAAGGCACCAGGCAGGGCGAGGACCAUGCCCUGGGACACGACACUCAGCCCAGGUGAGGCUGAGGCCAGGCAAACUCAGCACAUCGGUGCUGUGCCCCAGAGGGUGCCACAGGCUGACCCCUUCCUGGGAACACACCGACCUUUG